AUGCGUAGUUCAGCACUAAAACAAGCGGGUAUUGAUCGCCAAACUGAUGGAAUUGGUCAAGGAGAAUGUGCUCAGGGGCCUGAUCCAUUUGAGAUACCAACAACAGUAAAACGAAUAGCUUAUCGCAAUCGAUAUAGUCAACUGCUUGCUGAGGAGAUGAAAGAGCGUCUAGCUGUAAGUAUUUCGUCUGUUUAG